GGAAGCCCAGUGCUUAUAACUGAUAGGAGCUAACCCCCAAACCAGACAACUUCAUAGCACUGGUACCCACCACCAGAUCAUCAAGGUCAACAUGCACAAUCUGGACUAUAAACACGUGUUCAUUUCGCUGUGCAUUGUACAGCUCUUCACUCUCAAUGAAGGGCGCCCCCUAAGGAAAAGGACGGUAAGUGAGGUCCAGCUCAUGCACGACCUCGGGGAGUUCAAGCAGGAUCAGGAGCGUCGGCAGUGGCUGCAGAUACGGCUCCAGGGCAUCCACACCGGCCCGACAUGGGGCAGCAGCGGGGAAGCCGACCGAAGGAGGAGGCGACUGCGUCCCGACGAGCUGCCUGACCUGAGCACCAUGACACCGGAGGAGAUCCAGUUCGCUUUGGACUUAUUGGAGCAGCUCCUCAAGUCAAAGCAGUCAUGAUUUUGAUUGAUUUUAGUUCAUCUUCGACCUUCGCAGCAACAUUUCCAUCACACUUUUUUAUUGAAUUUAUCCGUUUUCCGUCUGAAAAUGUUUCUAGUUUUCUGAAUGGGUCAGUCUUUUAUUAAAAUUUACUUUUAUUUUAUUUAUUUUAGAUUAUCUAUAUUGAUUUUAUUUAUCAAAUUGAUAUUUAUAAAACUGCUAAAGGGAAACUUGACUUGGGAAGCUUCCCUGUUGUGUAUGCAUAGUUUGAUCACGCACCUUGAUUUAACAGGUGUAAAUAGGUGUAAACCACUCGUAAAACUACUUCAUCAAACUGAAGGCGAU